AUGGAUUUCAAGAAAGAAACCCAAGUGAGGUUUCACAUUGAAGAAAAACGGAAUCUUGAAACAUUCUUGGAGAAGAAUGAGGAGAAAAAACAGCUCCCACUGUACAAAAACCCAGGCCCUUUUAGAAAACCUGAAGGUGUAGCAUACAAAGAAAAACUAGCAAAAUUUGGUAAAUCAAAAGUUUACCCUGAAGGGCAAGAGCCAGAGGGUCUGAAAACAGUGCUUGACCCUGGGAGCGACACUGUCUUGAAAUGGAACAGGAUUUUCUUGUUCUUUUGCUUGGUGGGACUUUUCAUGGACCCUUUGUUUUUCUACCUUCCCUCCGUGGUAAAUCACGGGAAAUCGUCGUGUAUGCAGACCGAUUUGCGCCUGGGGAUAGUCGUUACGUGUUUUAGGACAGUGGCCGAUGUUUUUUACAUUCUACAUGUGGUUGUGAAUUUUAGGACAGCUUAUGUUGCCCCUAGCUCGAGAGUGUUCGGCAAAGGCGAGCUUGUGAUGGAUCUUAAUAAGAUUGCGAAGAGGUAUUUGAAGUCGCAGUUUGUUGUGGAUUUGAUUGCGGCAUUGCCUCUUCCUCAGAUUGUGAUAUGGUCCAUAUUACCGGCAAUUAGAAGCUCCCACGCUGAUCAUACCAACAAUGCCCUUGUGCUGAUUGUGCUAUUACAGUACAUUCCCAGAUUAUAUCUCAUUUUCCCGCUCAGUUCUCAAAUAAUCAAAGCUACUGGUGUCGUCACAAAGACUGCUUGGGCUGGAGCUGCUUAUAAUCUGUUACUCUAUAUGCUAGCAAGCCAUGUAUUGGGAGCUUCAUGGUACUUGCUGUCGAUCGAGAGACACGCGACUUGUUGGAAAUCGGCUUGCAUGGAUGAAUACAAAAGCACGAGAUGCUCCCUUCGUUUUCUUGAUUGCAGCACUUUAUCUCACGGUGACCGAGGAAUGUGGGUAAACUCCACGCUUGUAUUCAACAAAUGCAAUCCCGACGAUACUUCUUAUUUUAAUUACGGGAUAUUCGGAAAUGCCGUUGCAAAUGAUGUCGUGUCGUCCCAAUUCUUGGAGAAGUACUUCUACUGUCUGUGGUGGGGUUUGCAGAACUUGAGUUCUUAUGGUCAGACAUUGACGACAAGCACGUUCAUUGGUGAAACAUUGUUUGCCAUACUCAUUGCUAUCUUAGGGCUUGUUCUAUUUGCUCACUUGAUUGGAAAUAUGCAGACCUACAUGCAAUCAAUCACGGUGAGGCUCGAAGAGUGGAGGCUCAAGCGCCGAGACACCGAGGAGUGGAUGAGGCACCGGAAGCUUCCGGAAAAUCUCCAACAACGCGUGAGGCGUUUCAUGCAGUACAAGUGGUUCACCACACGAGGGGUCGACGAGGAAACUAUUCUACACGCUCUGCCCACGGACCUUCGUCGUGACAUUCAACGACACCUUUGUCUUGCCCUCGUUCGUCGUGUCCCGUUUUUCUCGCAAAUGGACGAUCAACUCCUAGACGCGAUUUGCGAGCGGUUGGUCUCGUCUCUGAGCAUACAAGGCACGUACAUUGUUCGUGAGGGUGACCCGGUGACCGAGAUGCUGUUCGUUAUUCGUGGGACCCUCGAGAGCUCGACUACUAACGGGGGCCGUUCGGGUUUUUUCAACUCUACCACACUAAGGCCUGGUGAUUUCUGUGGGGAGGAGCUUCUUGCGUGGGCCCUACUCCCAAGGUCGACACUCAACUUGCCAUCCUCCACUCGAACAGUUAAGGCGCUUAGCGAAGUCGAGGCUUUUGCUCUCCGAGCCGAGGAUCUCAAGUUCGUCGCCAAUCAAUUCAGGCGCUUGCAUAGCAAGAAAUUGCAGCACACAUUUAGGUAUUACUCGCACCAUUGGAGGACUUGGGCCGCGUGUUUCAUCCAGGCCGCUUGGCAUAGGCACAAAAGGAGGAGAUUGGCCAAGAGUUUAAGCAUGCAAGAAUCGUUUUCUAUGUUAGGCGACGAGGAGUUACCGAUGAAUAACAACGAAAAAAGUGAAGAAGGAGAAGAUUUAUCGGGACUCGAAAAUCCUUCUCAGCCCAAACAGAAUUUGGGGGUCACGAUACUCGCGUCGAGAUUCGCUGCCAACACGAGACGUGGGGCCCACAAGAACAACAAGGAUUCUGUCGAGCUGCCUAAGUUUCAGAAGCCCGAGGAGCCUGAUUUCUCAGCCGAUGAUCCUGACGAGGAUUAG